UCUAAGAGGCCUGUAUUGAGUUGAUGCCUAUGGUUUAUAUACGUAUACAGCUGACAAAGUAUAAAGUCAGUGCACGUAGACAUAUAUACGACGUUUAUAUGCUAUUAUAGUUCAUGAUAUUUAAACAUACAGCUGACCAAAUCUGCCAACUGAAUGUGGAUAUAUCUCAAAGGCAUAUAUGCUAUUAUAGUUCGUAGUUUAUAAAGAUACUAGAUGUGGAUAUAUAAUUCAAGGACAUAUAAUUGUGAUUGUUUGUGAUCUACAUUUAUAAAUAUGAUUAACGUAUGGGAUAUUAUAGCAGUAUUUACUGAUGUUACAACAAUUUUAAUGACUCUUGUUCUCUUAUUGGUUAUCGGAUAUGUUAUCUCAAUGCAGGAACGAUCUGGGAUACCUCCUGGACCACCAUUUUGGCCAGUUGUGGGAAACAUGUUGGAUAUUCGAGGCAAACUCGUAGGUAAGAGACAUAAAUAUUAUGCAGAACUUCAAGAAAAAUAUGGCGAUAUUUUUCGAAUUUAUUUUGCUGACCAGUUGUUGAUAGUUUUAAAUGAUUUCGAAUCUAUUGAGGAGGCAUUUGUUAAGCAACGUGAUCUUUUCAGUACCCGGCCAGUAGAAAAGUUAUGGGUUGUGAAUCAGGCAGGAAAAGGUGGACACGGGAUAAUCUGGGCGAGUGGUCAAGAAUGGAAAGAUGCGAGAAGAAUGUCGAUUCAUACUCUUCGUGAUCUAGGAGUCGGAAAAUCUAGACUGGAAGAAAAGAUUAAGGAAGAAAUUGAAAUCGUUCUGGACAGUUUUACACAAUCUACAGGAAAACCAAUUAACGUCCAUGAAAUUUUGAGGAAAGCUUCAACCAACAUUAUCUGUAUAGUAGUAUUUGGCGAACGGUAUGAUUAUGGGGAUCCAGCAUUUAUUCAAAUCCUUAAAGUACUAGAUGAUGGAUUUACUGAUAUGGUGCUUCAUACACCUGUUCAUAGAUUUCCUCUGCUUCGAUUCAUACCUUUCAUAUCUUCUAAAAUGGUGUCGGUGAAGACUGCCUAUUUGAAGGUUGUGGAGAUUAUUGCUCAACGCAUUGAGAAACGUAGACAGGUUUUCGAUAAAAACGCUAUACAGGAUUUUAUCGAUGUGUAUUUGGAUAUGUCUGCUGGCGGCGAGUUCAGUACCAUCACAGAAAGCAACACGAGAAGGGCCAUUUCGGAUCUAGUAUUUGCUGCUUCUGAUACAACAGCCACGACUCUUGAUUGGGCAAUGCUCUUCAUGGUCCUUCAUCCGGAAGUCCAGAAGAAAUGCCAAGAGGAAAUCGACAGUGUAGUCGGUGAUGGAAGAAUGGUCGAUUGGUCUGAUAAGUCUAAAUUGUCGUAUAACGAAGCAACACUUCUAGAAGUACAACGCCUCUCAAGCGCAGUACCCAUGUCUGCUCCGCACACUACGAACAAAGAUACCGUAGUUAAAGGAUAUCUUAUCCCAGAAGGUUCUUUGGUUUAUGCAAAUUUGUACGCCUGUCAUCGUGAUUCUAGAUACUGGAAGGAACCCUUGGAGUUUAAACCAGAACGGUUUUUGGAUAUCUCGGGAAAAGUAUCCAAACAGCCUGCUGCAUUUAUACCGUUUUCAAUAGGUCCACGGAUUUGUGCAGGUAAAAUACUGGCAAGAAUGGAACUUUUUCUAUUUUUCACCAACAUCUUACAGAGGUUCACCGUUUCGACUCCCUCCACUGAGAAACCCAGUACUGAUGGAAUUUGUACAGUGGUUAUUUCGACACCAGAAUAUACUCUCAUCGGAACACGUCGAUAAGUUUUCUGUAAAUUCAUUAAAACAAACAUAUUGGCUGGCUUAGUUACCUUUUUCUGAUUUUAAUGUAUGUUAAUAAUGCGAUCGGUCUAUUCAUCCACGCUUACUCAUAUAACGGUUUUCGCCGAUUUUCCCAAUUUUUUUUUAAAGGGAAUGUCGAUUUACAGAGUGUAGAGAGAGAGGUGAGGUUUAACGCCUAUUCGACACAAACUAGGUCACACAAACUAGAGAGGGGGGGGGGUAACGUCCAAUCGACAAAAACUAGGCCAUUUCGGGACUAACUUGAUUCAGUUUUAUUUCAAUAAUUCGCUCGUGGGUAGGGUCAUUAGUAGUGCUGAAAACAGUUGGACAGGCAACCCUGACCAUUGUCACGUACAAGUGGGGGCUCGAAACCACGCUGCGUUACCCAUUCGACCACCCAACCCCCCAGAAGGAUGUAUGUUACCUUGUAAACUGUUGGAAUAACGUCUUGUGAGACGUUUAGACAUUGAAUAGUCUCUACGCAUUUCAAGUAAACACCCUUUUAUCGCCCGCCUUAAAACAAAGCAUGUCCACCAAACCUGAAAGAUGAUUUAUAUUGAAACCAUUUUCUUGCAGACUAAGCGAACGGGGUCUUCCCAUAUCGCCGACUCACCGAGUUUUGGAAAGUCGACCGCGGCACCCUUUGAUGGGAUUAAAACGGAUUAAAAGCGUUAAUAAGGCAGGGACCAGUCAUUAUUAUUAUAGUUCACCGAAAUUGAUUUUUAUCAGAAGUCGACUCACUCACUAAUUAAUAAAAUUAAUUGGAAAAGCUCAUCCUAAUAUUUUUGAAGUGAUGGCAUUUUUGCAAGAAGGGCAAAAGACGAUUGAAAUUCAGUUACUGCAGUAUGCAAGUGGCCAGCGACAACCACCCAAAAAGAAAAAAAUACACCGAUAUCAACAGGAAGAUUCCAAGCAUAGAUAUGAACAAGGAAGACUGAAUUUAUUAGAAUUUUUGGACUAUGUUGGACACUUUAUGCGUGCAAAAAUUUAAAAUUUUGUUAUGUUAGGUGUUAAAGAUUGUUAUAAAUUAAAAAAAAAAUAAUGCUCCCAAAAUUAUCCGUUAAAUGAGGUUUAUCCUUCAGCUUGGGUCUAAUGUUCUUAGCCACUCAUUCCCAUAACGUCAACCCAAAUUUUUCCCCUAAAACUCAGUGAGUCGGCGAUAUGGGAAUGAACCAAGCGAACAUAUCUCGCUAAAAGGGGGCGGGGAAAGAGAAAGACUGUAAAUAACUGGUGAACGAGAUUACUAGAUCAUGCGUGAACUAUUUAGUCAGAUUCAACGCCAUAAAAUCGUGCGUGCUCCAAUUUAGGUGUGGUUCAAAGGUCGAGAGCAACAGAUUAAAUGUGCAUUAUGUAAGAUAUUAUUAUGUAAGUUUCAGGUU